AUGUCUUCCGGUAGAUUAAAAGAUUAUCUUGAUUUUGCAGUUUCACUUGCUCGAGAAAGUGGCAAAAUUAUUUUGGAAGCUUCGAAAGCACGUUACUCAACACAAAGUAAAGUUUACUCUAAAGCAGGAAAUUCGGCAGAUUUGGUAACAGAAACAGAUAGACAAGUUGAAGACUUCAUAAAGUCAAGGAUUAAUAAAACUUUUCCUGAACACAAAUUUAUUGCUGAAGAAAUGACUUCAACAAACAAUAAAUACGAAUUCACGAGCAAACCAACUUGGAUCAUUGAUCCUAUAGAUGGAACCACAAACUUUGUUCAUGGAUUCCCAUUUGUUGCAGUAUCAAUUGGUUUAACAAUCAACAAAGAGCCUGUUGUUGGCGUUGUGUUUAACCCAUUUCUUAAUGAACUUUACACUGCAAGUAAAGGUCAAGGAGCUUAUCUUAAUCUCAACACAAAAUUACCUUUAACUUAUUCAUAUCCACCAUUACCAUUACCCUCAAGUUUGUCUCAAUGUUUAGUGGCUACUGAAUAUGGGAGUGAUCGAUUACCAAUAACUAUUGGUAAAAAAACUCAAUCUGUAUAUAAUUUAUUGACAAAACCAGAUGAUGCUACUUUGAAUUCUAAAAAAGGUGGAUUGGUUCGAAGUAUUAGAAGUCUUGGGUGUGCAUCACUUAAUAUUUGCACAGUUGCUAAAGGACAUUUUGAUGUUUAUUGGGAAAUUGGAUGUUGGGAAUGGGAUGUGGCAGCUAGUAUUGUGAUUCUUCAAGAAGCUGGCGGUAUUAUGGUGAAUGGACAAGGUCCAGAUGAAGGUCCAGUUAAUAUACUUGGGCGUAAAUUUUUAGCAAUUAGAGGCGGUUUACCUUGUUCGAGUGAUGAAAAUUCAAGACAAAGUCAAAUACGUCUUGUUAGAGAAAUGUGGGGUUUGGUUGAAGAAAUUGAUUGUCCAAGAUAUUGA